AUGAAUUUUUGUUCAAAAGCAACUUUGAGUGAUUUAAACAUUAGCUUGAUAACUUUAAGAGAUGCUAACAAUGAAAGGGCGAGGAAAAUGAAGACGAAAUUAGAACCUCUGUUAAAUAAUAACCGUAACAACCCUUCUGCCUCCAACCCUGACGAUAACUUUAACCUCCAGAAAAACCAUUUAUCGGCAAUUGUCAAAUCAUCCAAAUAUUUUGAUAAUGAUGUUAAUUGUAACAAAUUGCACCAUAUGGAAAAUUUGGAAAAAUCAAUCCAGUUUCUCCAAAGUCAGCAUCAUCAUAUUCUUGGAAAUUUGCACAACGAAAUUGACGAAUUAAAACAUCAAAAUAGAGAACUUCAAUUACAGAUUGCUAAACUAACUUCAAAUAGUUUUAAAAAAGAAUUUCUCAAUGAAAAUACUGAAACAUCUGCAUCUCAUUUGAAUAAUGACGAAAAUAUUAGACUGAAAAAAAUAGUUUCUGCUUUAGAGAAAGCUUUAAAAGAGGAGACUGCUAAAAAUACUGAACUUCUUGCUAGCUUGAAAAGGAAAAAUGAGUAA